UCUCUCUCUACUCUCUGCGCUCAGAGGCAUCUGGAACCGAAAUACUUCUUCACUAUUUAGGCGUCAAAACAUUGACAUGAGUUAAAUGAGCAAGACAAGAAAAGAUCCACGAAGUUUUUUUCGAAGUGGACGAAGGCUUUGAGGUGGAUACAUGGAAAACUAACAGUUGAGACAAACUGGUAUUCCGUUUGUGAUUUCCAGCUGUGGAUAAAGAACAGAUCCAGAGGAAUAAUUUCUCCGCCCUGCAAGAAAAUAAUGGGAGUACUGGAGUGAUUUUCUUUCUCCGCGCAGGGAUUUGUUGUUAUUUUGCCACACAGAGCGGAGCUGAUCCGAGGGCAGAGGGGAGCUAAAUGCGGCUGACUGGCGGCGACCCUGCACCGGGAACCAUGAACAGCAGCGGGUCUGGCAACUUUCUGCUGGUCCCCAUACCGGAGUAUCCCCUGCUAGACUGCGUGCCCAACAAGACGGUGAAGAUUGUGGUGCUGGGAGCGAGCAACGUCGGGAAAACCGCUUUGAUUGUCAGAUUUCUGACUAAGAGGUUCAUUGGAGACUAUGAAGCAAACACAGGAGCGCUCUACUCCAGAAAGGUCACUCUGGAUGGGGAGGAAGUGUCGCUUCAGAUCCAGGAUACACCCUGCGUCGCUCUCCAGGAUGAUGCUGAAGGCCUGUAUUGCCAGGAACAGAUCAACAGGUCGAUCUACUGGGCCGACGGUUACGUGCUGGUUUUCUCCAUCACAGACCACAACAGCUACAGAACCAUUCAACCACUGUACCAGCAUGUCAGACGCAUACACCCCUCUGGAAACAUACCAGUUAUACUGGUUGGCAACAAGAGCGACCUGCUCCGAGCCCGGCAAGUGCCUGCAGACGAAGGCGAGACGUUAGCAACUUCACUAGGAGGCGUUUACUUUGAGGCUUCGGCCAGAGAGAACCAUGAGGGAGUCCAUACAGCCUUCCUACAUCUCUGUCAGGAGGUGGUCCGAGCUCUGGGAGGAGGAAAUGGAGAGAAGAGGAGAGGAGGCCUCCACCUGGCCAGACCCAAAUCUCCCAACAUGCAGGAGCUUAAGAGGCGGUUCAGGCAGGUCCUCUCCUCCAAAGUCAAGUCAGCCACGACCAUCUGAUCACAGGAAGGGAAAAAAGACGGCAACACCUGUCAAAAUUAAGGCUCAAGAGGAAGUAUUAAAGUGAUGCGAUUUUGGGUUUUGACGGCGUUAAUUGUAUGAAAAGACUUGGUUGAACGUCUCUUCAGUGAUCAAAACGUUACAAGGAGCACAAGGACUGCUCAGCAGAUGGGUGGCAUAGACUGAAGGGCCUCUCAGACAGUCGAGCUCCUCUAGACAAGCCUUACGGUCAACAUGACCUCUUCCCAGGCUCAAGUACAACGAGGACGCAGCUCCAGGCACACAUGUCAAAGACUGCUAAACAAACAGCCUGUGUUGUGUCAGAAACUUGGCGUGUUCACCACGGAGGGCACCAAAUGCGUCAGCAAAGUUUUAGUUCAUGUGCUGUUUUCUUGAAGCUGCAAAUCGCCGAAUUCAUCACGACACCAAACAGUUAUUGUUUCAUUGUUUUAACUGACAUUUUUAUCUUUGUUUCGGGAAUUAAAUGAUACUCAAAGCA